UCUAUCUAAUCUGCAAUACUGCCUGUUAUCCGGCUGGCCCUUUUUCAUGUGCUUCUGAUAUUACGGAUUAUAUAUCUCUAUAUCGAACAACAGAGACGUUAUGUGGAAGAUAACAGUGUUAUCUACGAUCGUGGUCAUGGUUAUUGCUCAGAAGGCUACCUACGAAAAUUACAAAGUCUUUAGAGUUACCCCAACCACGGAAAAACAGAUCAGACAGCUUCGCCAAUUUGGGCAAUAUCAAGAUAAAUUCAUAUUCUGGGAAACACCAGUCUUCGUGAACGUGUCAAUAAAUCUUAUGAUAGUCCCGAACUAUCUGCCGCAAUUUUACGAAAUAAUAACUCAAAUCGGUGUACGCUAUCAACUCAACAUUGAGAACGUUCAAACAUUAAUUGACCAAACAAUGCCUUCCAAUCGGUCAGCGUUCGAUUUUAAGAGCUAUCACAGUCUCGAAGAAAUCUACGAUAACAUGGAUGAUCUGGCCAAGCAGUAUCCUAACAAAGUAAAAGUCGUCGUGGGUGGCAAAACGUACGAGCGACGUCAGAUCAAAGGCGUGAAGGUUUCCUUUAAGACUAACAAUCCCGGAAUUUUCAUCGAAGGUGGUAUUCACGCCAGGGAAUGGAUCUCUUCAGCGACUGUUAUGUAUAUUCUUCAUCAAUUGCUAACCAGCAAUAACUCGGACGUCAGAAAUCUGGCUGAAAGUCACGAUUGGUAUAUCUUCCCCUUGUUUAAUCCCGAUGGAUACGUGUACGCGCACACCACGGACCGCUUGUGGAGAAAGAAUCGUAAACCAUCACAUGACCUCUUCUGCGUUGGUACGGAUCUUAACAGGAACUGGAACUACAAAUGGAGAACUAUCGGUGCUAGUAGUAAUCCAUGCAUCAGUUCUUAUGCCGGAAGUAAACCGUCCUCCGAAAUUGAAACAAAGAGCAUGUCGGAGUAUAUCAAGUCGAUUUCUGAUAAAUUCUAUGCGUACAUCUCAUUUCACAGUUUCAAACAACUUUUAAUGUUCCCUUAUGGCCACACGAAAAGUCAUCUCGACAAUUACGACGAAUUGUAUACCAUUGGUUUAAAAGCAAUUGCAGCUCUCAGACAAAGAUACGGAACUGAAUAUCGAAUUGGAAAUAUUGCCGAGGCAAUUUAUCUAGCCACUGGAACUACUAUAGAUUACAUCAAGGGUACUUAUGAUAAGCGUAUCGUUUACGUGUACGAAUUGCGUGAUAACGGUCGAUACGGUUUUUUGUUGCCUCCUGAUCAAAUUAUUCCGACUGGAGAAGAGACUUUGGACUCCCUUGUAGCCAUAUUUAAGGAGACAGAAAAAUGCCAAAACAAAAUUGAAUUGUAAAUAAUAUAAAGUCAAUAUCGUCGUGAGACGUUAAGUAAUAUCAUAUUAAUACAAUUUUUAUUUAUAGA